GAGAGGAUCCCCCCGCUCCCGAGCAGCCCCAGCGCAGCCCUCGCUCAGCCGCCGCCACCAGGAUGGCCGAGGUGACCACUGUCCCCACGGAGACCCACACUGUCCCCAGUGAGUACGGGGACUACCACAACCUGUCCGAGCUGUUCUACCUCCUGAACCACACCUACACCUACUGCGAGUUCAGCCUGGACGAGAACAUCAAGCGAGUGGUUCUCUUCAUCCUCUACCUGGUCAUCUUCGUGGUGGGCUUGGUGGAGAACCUCCUCGUCAUCUGGGUCAACUGGCAGACCCGGGGCAACAAGAGCUUGGUCAACCUGUACAUCAUCAACAUGGCCAUCGCCGACCUCGGCGUGCUGCUCUCGCUGCCCAUCUGGAUGCUGGAGGUGAUGCUGGAUUACACCUGGCUCUGGGGCAGCUUCCUCUGCCGCUUCACCCACUACUUCUACUUCGCCAACAUGUACGCCAGCAUCUUCUUCCUCACCUGCCUGAGCGUGGAUCGCUACGUGACCCUGACCAGCUCCUCCCUCUUCUGGCACCGGCACCAGCACCGCGCGCGCCGCGUGGUCUGCGCCUGCAGCUGGGUCCUGGCCGCCGCCAUCCCCGUGCUGGAGGUGGCUCACAUGCAGCUGGUCAACACCGGGGAGCCCAUCUGCAUCUUCAUGGCCCCCUUCGAGACCUACGACGAGUGGGCGCUGGCGGUCAGCUUGGCCACCACGGCCAUCGGCUUCCUCAUCCCCUUCCCCGUCAUGGCGGUGUUCAACGUGCUGACGGCGCGGUUCGUCCGGCGCGCCAAGCCGGAGAGCCGCAAGCACUGCCUGCUGAUCUACGCCUACAUCGGGGUGUUCCUGCUCAGCUGGCUGCCCUUCCACGCCGUGCUGACGCUGCUCACCCUCGAGGGCAACCACAUCAUCCUGCACUGCACCUUCGCCCACUUGCUCUACUUCUUCUACGACAUCAUCGACUGCUUCACGCUGCUCCACUGCGUCGUCAACCCCAUCCUCUACAACUUCCUCAGCAAGAACUUCCGCAGCAAACUCAUCUCUGCCGUGGUCAAGUACAUCCCCAAGGACCACGCUGGCCAGAAGGGCGCUGGCAAUUCCUCCUCCAGCACGCAGCACUCCAUAGUCAUCGCCAAGGACAACAGCCCUCCCAACUAAGGGGGGUCAGACUCUCCCUGUCUCCAUCGUGGCGGCUCCCUGGGGGCAGUGGGAUUGGUUUUCCUGCUGCUGAGGACACGAUUUGCUUGGGCACAGCCCUUCUUGGCUGGGCACCUCCCAGGUUUGAGGAGAGCUGGGAGCUACGGACAUCUUGCUUCUGGGGUGCUGCUGUGCCCAACUUAAAGGAAGGAUAAGAGAGAAUUAUAUUCCCUGUUUGACAAGAACAUUAUAUUCCCUUGCAAUAAUAAAGCUUGUUACUCCA